UGUUUUUAUUUUGUGAGAAACAAGUUGUAACCUGUUAGUUUCUAUAAACUUCGUUGACUUGUAUCGAUUUUAAGUCAUCACAUAAAAUAUGAGUUUAAAACGCUCUGGUAAUGGUCUGAGCAGUCAGCGAAAGAAGCUCUGCGUUUCUGAAUCCUAUUUGCACAAAUGCUUCAAAGAUAGCGGUUUGAUAUUAAAACAUCCUCCAGAAAAGUGCGAAGCGUCCGAAGAUACAGUGAAAAUAGUGAGGAAUUUAGAGAAAUCCGUCAAGAACCAUAUAAACUAUCCGCGGAAUGUGUCCGAGUUGCUUACAGACUUUGAAAAUGAGUGCAAAGACCAUGAUGUCUUACAACAUUACGUAUUCCCUAACAUCAUUAGGAUAUCUGAUGAUAUCUGUGAAGGUAGUCCCAGAGUCAGCCAGAGUGUGGUUAAAAUAUUACUAAGUAUUCCUGCCUUGCAGAAAAAGCUGACAGACUAUAUAUUUAACAAGGCAAUAGAUUUGGCCGCAUCAAAUACUUGCGGGCCGUGGAUCCAGAAGAUUCUGAAGUGUUUCUCGGGUUUAGAUCAGGUUGUGGAUUUGCAGAAAAUCUCGACAUACUUGAUAAAUUUACUGGAAAUUGCAUCGGAGAAGCCGGUGAAGUUGGAGAUCAUUACAGCAAUCCCCGACAUCAUAGGCGAUCAGGAAGUUGAUAAUGUAGUAACUGAGCUAAGCAGGAUUCUCCGUGAGGACCUGGAUCUAGUUCCUGCCAUAUUGGACUGCUUCUCAUACCUCAGCCUCUCCGAUGAACAAUACAGUCAGCUGCAGCAAAAGACUCUGGCUAUAGUCAAAAACAUCCCCAAGUGUAUGUACUAUCCGAAUUUUGUCAGAUUCCUUCUCAACGGAAGAGCCAAUGAAGGCUCAUGUAUGGAAAUUGUCCAAGGUCUAAGAGAUGCCCUAGGCUGGCCCAUCUUGGCGUCACCCCAAGAAAUAGCAACAAGCCAGGUACUAACUGCCACAGCUAUAAGAAACUCCAUGGUAGGAUCCAAAGCCAUUGCCAAUGCUUGGCUAAAAGUUGUUUCAAACUGUAAAAUUGACACUGACCAUAAACCUAUAGACUUCAUCAUACUCUUAAUUCUUUAUUCAACAGCAGAAGACAAAGAAAAGAUUGUUGAAACAUUGAUAAAAAAACAAGUGAAACUUAAUAUCCUUAAGGAGCCCUUGAUCAAUGAUGUGUUUGAAAAUUUCGAGCCAAUUUUGAAAGAUAAGUUCGAUACAUUAAUCAGACUCACCAACUCUUUAAUGCGAAUUCAUUCAGAGCCUUUAGUGAUAUCUUUAGCGUCACAUAUUUACGUUCUGAUGUUCUCCAUUGCCCCUGACAGACAGACUAUAGUCGCAGAGUUGCUGCAUGUCGGCCUAUACAACAAGGAGUGUCUCAUGAACACUUUAACAAUAUUAAACAAUGUGGCAACCAAAGACAUGGGUCUCUUAAAGCCUCAGAGUCUACAAAUGCUGAACCUUCUAGACUACACCGACAAAAUGACGCUAAACGAGUUUAAAGCCGUUGUCAAUAUCGUAUGUGGACUUGCAUACAGCUACGACAACUCAGUAAUAAGAGACGACAUGCACAUGAUCAUAAGAAAACAACUCGGUACAUCGAGACUUAAAAUUAAAAUCCAUGGCAUCAUAUCCGGUAUACAUGCCAUCAAAUAUCUUAUAGCUAAGGACGACGAUGAACCCACGAUAGAGUUACCUGAUGAUGUCAGUUACGGAUCUACUGCACUUCUCUCCACAGGAGAUCUUAGAGAAGCAGCAGAAAUCAUAGAAUUUAUCAGCAGAAGUGCGUCUAACCACCCUGAUAUGACAGCUUUGUUUUACGACGAAAUGUCUGCUGUUGUAUCGUCAGCUACAAAUAUGAACAAGAAUUUUCUGGCUUGGCUCACAGAUGCCGCCACAAAUGACCUGCAGCAGAAUUUCAUUGUUGAUAACAUUAGCAAAACUCGCAUUAAUAACUUGAAGCUGACGAUGCAAUAUUGUCUCAAUACUGAAGGAGAGAUGGACGAAGUUAUAGCUAUUAAUAUUGCUGGACUAGCCUUGGAAGAGAAAGACGUCAAUGUAGCUAUACUGUCUCCUCUCUUCCGGUUGGUGGCGACGCUUCAUUCCCGCCAGCAUGAGGGGGAUCUAUCCACCAUUGACGCUUUGCUGGGAUGCCCUGUUGUCAUGCCAGAGUUUGACAUCGACGAACUGGAAGAACUGGACAACACCGCCGUCAGUGGAAUCCUCGAUUGCUUGAUCCAUUGCACAAAUUGGUUCAGGGAAUUAUUGAACGCUUUCGCGAUUCAAAAUGAUAUGAAUUUAACUCCGAAAAUUCUUAGCAGAGUUCACCAAGUCCAAGAAAUGGAGACGCUAAUAUCAAAUGUUUUAAUCAAAGCGAAUAUCACUUACAAACCUCCCGUGUGUACUUUUAAUGUUAGUGGGUAUACAGGGAAUCCGGCUGACAGAGCGGUAGUCAAAGCAGCGCCCAAGCAAAAGCCUCCAAAGAAACCCGCCCAUAACGAUACUGUAUUACCAGAGACAGCUAAAACACAACCGACACCAAAUGCGCCGAUAAAGAACAAACUGGAAACUAUCCAUAUGUUACCACUCCGCGAACUAAGCGUAGACCUGAUCAAUCUACUGAACAACGACUUAGCCGACGGAAUGGAGAAUCUUAAUAUGAAAUCUUUAAAAUUCUUACUAAUGUGUCUAAACGCUAUUUUGGAAAAGAUUCUCAUCUCAAAAGUAAAGAGAAUCACCUUCCUUUCUAAACCAGAAGACUGCGUUACUUACGAUGCAAAAAAGGCAGAAGAGUGCGCGAAGGCAGUGAACGAAGUUCUGCCAAAAGUGAUGUCUCAUUUGGAAACGGUAACGGCGUAUAUACAGAGAAACUCUGCUGAAAAUUCCCAAAACGAUAGUGGCUUCAUGUACCCACCAGACCUUGAGGAAUAUCUGACAUGCUUGGAAUACAUUUACAUUUUCUUAACUACAUAUUUCAAAUGGAUCGGAUUUCGGAGUCACCAUGUCGCCUUAUUUAAGGUCUCUUUGAGAACUUUGUCAAAGGACAAUCCUGAUGCAGUAUCUCUAAAAGAACUGCUUCUAGGUGUAUCUAAAUAUCUUCAAAAACACGAGAAAUACUGUUUACAAUUAUCCACUGCAGUAUCUUUGAUAGAUUUGAUGAAAACCUUCCAAGAGUACUCCAGCAGUAGUAUUCUAAUAAAGAUACUGAGAGACAUGGCAAAAAAUUUCCUUUCUCAACAAUGGAAAACCUUCGACGGCGUACCAGAAAAGGGUUUAGUUUUCAAUCAAAGUGUCGAUAAGUUGUUCCAAAUUUAUUUCACAAAUAACGAAGUUAUUUCCUUGAAAAAUCUAGCUCUCCAAUUGAAUACAGAAAUUCAGAAUCUCAAAGGUAGGAAUGACACCCUAGAUACGUUCAAGUGCAUAAACAAGAGCAACUUUCCUAUCCUGUAUAGGAAUUUAGGGACGGCGGUGCACGAGGCCGCGAAAAUGCGUCUGAGCCAAGGACUCACAAACGCUGAGCACUUGGAUCUGUGGAAGGAAGUUGCCACCGUCCUAAAGUAUAUGUCGGACGUGGCCAAAACUCUGGAGAACAGAAACAACUUGCUCGCGUUCUUCAAGAAAUCCUUACCGAUUUUGAAACUCUUCAUUUCCCAAGCCGUUCCAAUGUUGGAGUUGAAUUUCAAAACGAGAACACAGGAAGUGUUGGAGGUGCUAAAGAUUUUGCAGCAAUCGACUAGAUUUCUGCAGUCGCUGUGCUGUCACGCGCGGAUGAAAAAGGACAUGGCGUUGAUGAGUAAAGUACCUUAUAUGCGGCAGAUGUUGGAAACUUUGGUGUAUAAAGUGAAGGCUGUGCUUGCGGCGAAUAAUUGUUCGGAGGCGUUUUGGAUGGGGAAUCUGAAGAAUAAGGAUAUACACGGUGAAGUGAUCGCCACGCAAGCGAGCCAGGGGGAGGAGUCUGUGGAUGACUGCGAUGAACAACUGCCGGACGACGAGAGUGGUGACAGCGAUGAUGGUGAUGUCAAUAGUGUCAGUGACAUCAUAUAACGAAUUUAGUUUUUAAAGCUUUGUUAAUUUGUUAAGUUCUUCAAAUAAAUGUUACGUUAUCG